CGUGACACACCUCGGCUCCCCAUAGGUGGAUCGUUUGGUCUCGGCGUUGUGGAGAGAAGAUGGCGGCGCGUGGCGGUUUUCAGCAAGCGGCAUCUGGAGGCGGAGGAGGCGGCGGAGGCGCCGGGAUGGGACCAGGACCUCCGGUACCGGGUGGAGGAGGACCGGGCAUGGCUCCUGGAACGCCUGCAGGAAGGAUGGGACCCGCGGGGCCGCAGAAUCCAAUGUACCGUUCCCCGAUGCCUGGGCCUGGAUACCCGAGACCCGGGAUGCCCCCAGCAAACCGGAUGACUCCUCAAGGCCCACCCAUGGGUCCUCCAGGCUACGGCGCCAGUCCAGUACCUCGCCCUGGAAUGCCAGUCAUGGACCCGUCUCGCAAGAGGCCUGCACCACCUCAGAUCCCACAGCAGGUCCAACAACAGCAACAACAGAACCGCAACCAACAUGCCAAGAAGAAGAAGAUGGCUGAUAAAAUUCUACCUCAGAGAAUCAGAGAGCUAGUCCCAGAGUCUCAGGCGUACAUGGAUCUGCUGGCUUUUGAGAGGAAGCUGGAUCAAACCAUCAUGCGCAAGAGACUCGAUAUCCAGGAGGCACUGAAGAGACCCAUCAAGCAAAAACGAAAGCUGCGAAUUUUUAUCUCCAACACUUUCAACCCUGCCAAGCCUGACGCUGAGGAUGGCGAGGGAACUGUAGCAUCAUGGGAGCUGCGAGUGGAAGGCCGGCUGCUCGAGGACACUGCUGUAUCUAAAUACGAGGCCACCAAGCAGAAGAGGAAAUUUUCCUCUUUCUUCAAGUCUUUAGUGAUUGAAUUGGACAAAGACUUGUAUGGGCCUGACAAUCAUUUGGUAGAGUGGCACAGAACACCCACUACUCAGGAGACUGACGGCUUUCAGGUGAAAAGGCCUGGAGACGUGGGAGUGCGCUGUACUGUCCUUCUCAUGCUCGACUACCAGCCUCCUCAGUUUAAGCUGGACCCCAGACUGGCUCGCCUGCUGGGCAUCCAUACCCAGACCAGACCCGUCAUCAUCCAGGCUCUGUGGCAGUACGUGAAGACACACAAACUGCAGGACCCACAUGAGCGCGAGUUCAUCAACUGUGACAAAUACCUCCAGCAGAUCUUUGAGACUCAGAGGAUGAAGUUUUCUGAGAUUCCUCAGCGGCUGCAUGCUCUGCUGAUGCCUCCCGAACCGAUCAUCAUUAACCAUGUCAUAAGUGUGGACCCGAAUGACCAGAAGAAGACGGCCUGCUAUGAUAUUGACGUUGAAGUGGAUGAUACACUUAAGACCCAGAUGAACUCUUUUCUGCUGUCCACUGCCAGUCAGCAGGAGAUUGCAGGCUUGGAUAACAAAAUUCACGAGACCAUUGAGACCAUCAAUCAGCUGAAGACUCAGAGGGAGUUCAUGCUGAGCUUUGCCCGUGAUCCUCAGGGCUUCAUCAACGACUGGCUACAGUCCCAGUGCAGGGACCUCAAGACCAUGACCGAUGUGGUAGGAAACCCUGAAGAAGAGAGAAGAGCCGAGUUCUAUUUCCAGCCGUGGGCUCAAGAGGCUGUAUGUCGCUACUUCUAUUCCAAGGUCCAGCAGAGGAGACAGGAGCUGGAGCAAGCGCUGGGCAUCAGGAACACAUAAGCAGGAACGGACACCUAAGGGAAGAGAAGAGGCUGUUUGCUGUCUUUGGUUCCUUGUCAAUGACACUAAACUACAGUUUAUUUAACCACAUUCCUGCUGUGGCGGGUAGGAGACAACAGUCGGUUGUUACCCCUCCUAAACCAGAAAGAUCUCACCUGCUUUGGUUCCCUGAAAGCCAAAAUGUCUCGUCUCCUUCUCUGUUCUGUGUCCUCUUGUUGUCCAGGGGGAAAAUAGAUGCUUCUGCCUUUUUAACUUGUUCCAUCUAGACUCCAAUGUUGUUACUGCAGUGGCUGCGAUAUGAAAAAUCUUUCAGCCAAAUUCUUUAUAGGCUACUAAUAGAGGUAAAUAAGCUUCACUGGUAUUUAGUUACUCUGAUACGAUGCAUGUAAAACUCUUAAUCCCCGAGCGUGUUUAGGACCCGAAGGAGACUCAAGGCCUUGAUUGCUGGACAUGGAUAAGACAGUGAUACUUUUCAUAACGCGCAAUACAAAUUUAAGUCACUAGUAUAAGUCUCUAAUGUGCAAUGAUGCCACAGUGCACCAAGAUGGCUGCCCCAUGACCUUACAGCGUUCAGCUACAGUUCUUAAUACAGCGUCCUAAACUGCACUGGCAAGAUAACUGAAGAACUGGAUGCUGUUUGAGGUAGAUAUUUGGCAAAAGAUUUUUAAAGAGAUCUCUAUUACUUUAGCCUUGUUCCUCCAGUGCAAAAAAAAAAAUUAAAAAAUAGCAAUUUUCAGACACAAAGCAUGUCUUGGCUGUUCAACCAUAUAUAUUUUUUUUUGUUUGUUUUUUUUUUUUUUUCCAUGUUAUCUGUUUAACUAGCUCAGUAAUUGGACAGAAUUGUUCAGUAUUGUUUGAAUUGUUGUAUCGCCACCUUUGACAAUGACUAUAUGUUAUGGCAGUGUCUUUUAAAGUGCUAAACAGCUCAGUGGCCCACAAACUGGUUGAUCAUUCUCGGUUUCUCAUGACUGUACCGUACAUGAGGUUUAAAAAGCUUGGCUUUGUGAUUUCCGCGCUUUGUUACGAGUUCAACAAUUAGCCUCCAUUGUGAGAGAUUUAAACCUCUCCUGACUGACAAUACUCCAUUACUCAUAUCGAGUUGAUUUCAUUAUAUAUAAAAAGAAAAAUUCCUUUCAUAAACGGGUGCAGCAUAGAUUGUAGUGGAUUCCAAAAGGUGGUUGAUGUAAAGGAUAACUCGAUGAUGUAUUAUGGGGCCACUUUUAGGUUUUUUUUUGUUUGUUUUUUGUUUUCCUGCAAAUGGUAGAUAUUUGUCUUUUGAUAUUUUUAUCAUAAUAUGGACUAUAUGAAUAUUAGUUAGGUUUAGAUUCAUAUUACAGAAGUAGUGUAGUACCUCGGCUCUACAAAGCUACAAAAUGAUGAGCAGAUGCUUAGAACUAGUUGACUGACUUUAAAAUCGAUAUGACUGUCCAUGCUCAGGUAUUUUCUCCACCGUAAACAUCUUUAAGAUGUUCUUACCAUUUCACUGGCCAUACAUGAGUACUUCAGUUCCGUACACUCCCACUUUCAUGAAGGACACACUAAGAGCCAUGAUUGUAGCGGGCUUGAGUUAAGAGUUGCCAAAUUUUCUGAAAGUUGAAGAAAUGGACUUGUGCUUAAGAUUUUCAGACUCUCAAUAUUUAACCUUGUGUGCAUCACUUCAUUUCUUCAUUACAGAAAAUGUCAUUUUUUUUUUCCCUUUUUUUUGGACCAAACUUGUUUGAAUGUGUCAGCCUUAUAAUAAAGAUGAACUUAUAUUAA